UUAUUUUCAUUGAUAGAAGGGACAACCGCCAUUCUUACAUUGAAAACCGAUACCGGAAAGAUGUUCUCCGAACGAUUGCACCGUAAACAUUUGUCUGUAUCCAAGCAGUUUAUCACGUCAUGCCUUGCUGCCUUCUUCGGACCUUUCUCGUUUGGUUACAUCCUCGGAUAUAGUUCUCCUGCCAUCGCUGAAUUACUCAAGAGCAAGUUCUUACACGAGCAACAAGCUGCAUGGUUUGGUUCUAUGGUAACGAUCGGAGCCAUGCUGGGUGGACCCAUGGCUGGGUGGUUGGUCGAGAAAUACGGACGCAAAUACACAAUGAAUUUCAUAUCAGUACCGUUAAUUGUUGGUUGGUGCCUCAUCAUGGCCACUCCUAACGUUGUAUUAUUCUAUUUGAGCCGCAUUGUUAGUGGUGUAGCAAUCGGAAUGACUUGUGUUGCCUCACCUAUUUAUAUCGCUGAAAUUUCAACCCGAUCUCUACGUGGAAUGCUUGGCUCCAGUGUUCAGCUCAGUAUCACAGUUGGCAUUUUUGUGGCAUAUAUCCUAGGAAUGUAUAUGAAUUAUUUACAAAUGGCUAAGUUCGGAAUCCUUAUUCCAUUGCUUUCCUUCUUUUUUACGUUAUCAAUGCCGGAAACCCCUCGCUGGUUACUGUACAAGGGCCGCCGAAUCGAAGCCAUCCAAGCACUGACUAAACUUCGAUCUGUCAACUGCGACGUCGAGGACGAAAUCCGUGAUAUUGAAGAAGGAUUAGACAUACAAGAUAUAUCCUACAGAGACAUGUGGAGAAAACCAGAACUUUCCAGACCAAUCUUUAUUUCCUUAAGUCUAAUGAUUCUGCAACAACUGACUGGUAUUAAUGCCGUUCUCUUUUAUGCUGUUCCAAUAUUUAAAGAAUCUGGUUAUGAAAACCAAAGUUAUUUUGCAAGUGCCAUUAUUGGAGCCACACAGAUCCUAUUUACAUUCCUUGUUUCCCAAAUAAUGGAUCGUGUUGGACGUCGUAAAUUAUUAAUCAGUGGAGGAUUGAGUCUAAGCUUUUCUUGUUUUAUCCUCGGAUCUUACUACGCUUUGAAAGAACACAAUUAUCUUGUAGCGAAUAAUUUGAAGACUCUUCCUCUAAUCAGUUUAGUUGUGUUUAUUGCAAGUUUUUCCAUUGGAUGGGGGCCAAUUCCAAUGCUUAUUAUGUCCGAGAUUUUCCCAUCUCAUGCUCGAGGCAAAGCUAGUGCCCUUUCAAUAUUUACCAGUUGGUUGUUUGCAUUUAUAGUCACCAAAGAAUUUAUUACAGUGAAAGAAAGCUUGGGACCAGCAGAAACAUUCUGGUUGUUUUCCCUUUUUUCUUUUACUGGGGUUUUUUUCGUGUGGUUUGUGUUACCCGAAACAAAAGGGAAAUCUCUUGAGGAAAUUGAAUUAUAUUUCCUCGGUAGAAGUAUGCUAAAAAAAUAGCCUCUGAUGUAAUAAUAAUUCAUUUGUUCAUUAUUUUAGCCUGCAAUUUCUUCAUUCGAUGAAUAUUUACAGACUUUAAGGGAUUCAUGAGCUGGUUCACCCUCGGCCCAGGUCGAAAUUUCUCUUUAUUUCCCUACAGUAUUUCUUUAUAACUUUCUCAAUAAUGCAUAUUUUUUAAUGAAAUUUAGCUGGGAUAUGUUUUCAAGGAUUUGGAUUACGAUUAUGUCGGCAGUUUUAACCCCAUCGUUUUUUUUUUAAAGGAAUUUUAAAACCUUCUUCUCUCCUUCCGACUGUUUCCUCAUAGCUCUCUUUAAACAUUUUGCAGAAAUACGUUUUCGAGAGUUUUAAUUAUAUAAUAUUGAUGCUUCAAACAUAGCUGGUUUAAAAAGUUUUCUAAAAAUGCUAAAAUUAUGGAAAUUAGUACCAACAAAGUAAGUACCGAGGUGGGAGAAGGAACGGUCCUAAAAUACUCUAAAAAAUUGUUUUACUAAACUUUGAGGACAUAAUUGUAAUCUACACCCGCGAAAAUAUAUUUCGGCAAUAUUUGAUUUUUAAAAAAUAUACACUUCUCAGAAAGUUGUAAAGAAACAAAAUCGGGAGAUGGGGCACCAAUCUGCAUUUAUACCCAUUUCUCACUAUUUAUGUUUUUUCCUUCAGAUUUAUUCUUUGCUCUUGAUUUUCUAAGAAAUUGUUUAUAUUUCUUUGAAUGCGAGAAAAUAUUAGGAACUACUUAGAGAUUAUAGAACCGACCUCAGAACUUUGCUGGUUGUGUAAUUAAUAACUUAUUAAUAGUUAGUGUUAAAUUUAAACGCUACUUGCCAAGUGAUAAAUUAAGCAAAAACAGAAACUUGAGUUAGUAAGUAAAACUUGUCGGCUAUUUUAGGAACCCUCGGUUAAGCAGUUAACGACAUACUUUCGGUAGUAGUAUCGUGUCAACACCAACUGGUCGGGUCAAACACACAACAUACUAAACAUUUCUUGGUAUCUUUUUCGGUUUUAUAUGCACAACAUGAAAGCUGGACAUUAUUCUAAGCAUUAAUCGACUGGGAGGUAGGAAAGGAAAACAAUAAUUGAGGUGUUUUUUUUAAAGGUGGGGAGAAAGUUGUAAAGACCUUAAAAUUUUUUUUUUAUAUUGGGAAUGGGGAGGGAAAUCAGAAAAGAAGGGAGUCUCUUGUUGAAAUACAUCCAUUUGGACAUUUCCAAAUGGCUUUGAUCUUUCAGUUUAUGUUCACAAACUAAAUAUCUUUUUGUUUAUCAAAUGAAUUUCCACCUACUUCUCAUUAUAAUUAACAUUCUUAUGAGUAUUGCUACUUUUCGGGGGGUGGGGGUUAUUUUCCAUUUUGAUCAUAAAUUUCAUUGAUAAAAAUUCUUUGAUUCCUUUUUCUCGUUGAUGCUGUAAUUUUAUGAAUAUUUGAUAUUACAAUAUUCAUAAAAUUACUAGAAAUAUCAACAGGAAAAAUAAAAUGAAAAUUAAUUUGAUCAAGAAAAUCUAUGAACCAAAAUGUUGAGCCUUACACAUUUCUCUACCUUAGAGAUUUGCUACCAACUCUGCUGGUCAGAAAGCAUUGCAGAAUGACUGGUUACAUAGAUUUGAAGUUUCAGAAUUUUCCCAAACACAUGCAUUCAACAUUGUAUGUGUCGAGUAGUAGCAACAAAAGUAUAAAUACUGGACAACUACUUAAUGCACAAGUAUCUCCCCAAUCUCAAUGCUAAUUUCAACCUCAUCUCAGAACUACAACUUCCUCCUUUCUCUCGUUUCUCAUUCUCACCCCCUCAAUGCAGUUAUACACGUACAUAUACAUUUGUUCAUUGAUGAAGUAAAUUACAAAAAAGAAAAAAAAAAAGUAAAUACUGACUAGAGUUGCAGGACCCCCACCCCCCACCCUAAAGCAGGAAAUCUAAUUGACUGAAAAUCACAACAUUCCCCCUGAAACAGGAUACCAGUUGAUUGCAAGUUCACUCAUUUACAACUGGGUGGCCUGGGCAACAUGAAAUGUUUUGAUCAAGAACUCAACACACCACCUGGCCUGGGAAGUGUCACGAUGCUCUUGCAAUUCUGAGUGUCACGCCCUAAUCCCUCAACCACAUGCCUUCAUAUUAGUCAAGUAGAACUCAUGAUAUUGUCCCAUUUAUUAAUCAUAUAAUUAGUUUCCAUACUUAUUUACAAACUAAGUUUUGAGUUAUUAAGAUAUAAAUACAUAUAAAUAUUCUAUUUUUCUAGGUGCUGGUGCCACAUAAAAAGCACCCAGUCCAUUCUGUAAAAUGGUUGGUGUUCGGAAAUGUAUCCAGCUGUAGAAGCCAAGCCUAAACAGACAAUGGAACCUGGUGCUGCUCCUAUCAAACCGUUCAAUCCAUGCCAGCAUGGAAAAUGGACAUUAAGUGAUAAGGACUUCCUUGUUAAUUAUUUUUUAAGUAUAAGAUCAUUCCUUUCUUUUCUUUUUGCUUUUAGAACAAAUUAACAGCAAAUCAUUGUUGUUAAUUGGGGUGUGGCAUGAUGGAGUAUCUUGGUAAAUUUAUUCUGUUGUCCUUAAAAUAUUCAUAUCCAUUGUACAGGGAAUUCAAGUAACUAUUUGGAAUAUAAUAUCCAGGGUUUGAGGAUUUAAAAAAAAAAUUAUUUAUUUAACUAUUAAUCAUUCAAAAUUGGUGCAAAAAGAAUAAUUGGUUCUUUUCAUUUCUCAGAAAUAUCAAAUGUAUAUUUUAAUUUUCAUUACAUAUUUAAAAUUUGAAAAAUUUAGUUUUCUCUUAUAUUUUCUUGUUAAAGAUAUAAUUAACUUUUCAGCAUUGACAUUACUUUCACAUGUAAUGUUUGUUUAUUCAAAUUGUUUUGAAUUAAUCAUGCAUUAUGUUGUGGCUUUGAGAUUUUGAUGAUGUGACUGUUUACAUUUAAAAUGACAUUGCAAGGUAAGUGUGAAAGGAUGGAUCAGGCUGGUUUCAACUGAAAGCUGGGAGAAUAUUUGGGCCGCAUAUGGCCAGUUUAAAUGCUAAAGGGUUGAAGUAAAUUUGUUAUAAUUUAAAAUGGAAAUAUAAUUAUUUUAUUUAUAACUUAUACAUGCUGGGCAGGGUUUGGACGGGUCAACAGGAUGUUCAACAACAUCCUGUUGACCUGUCUAAUCCCCUACAAGUACAGAAGACAGACAGGAGCAGAUGAUGAGAAGCAACAUAUUUAUCAUAAUUAAUAUUAUCUACACUUCGUAAGAUGGCAUGCUGGCAGACUCGUUAGCACACUCGUUAACACACUGGGCAAAAUUCUGUGUGGCAUUUUGUCUGUCUUCACAUUCUGAGUUGAAAUUCUGCCAAGGUUGACUUUGCUUUUCAUCCUUUCGGGGUUGAUAAAAUAAGUACCAGUGAUACACUGGGAAUAAUGUUAUUGACUUAACCUCUCCCUGAAAGUGCUGGCCUUGUGCCAAAACUUGAAACCAUUAUUAUUUCCACCUAAUAUAGAAAUAAAAUGCAAAUAUACAAAGUAAUUAUAUUUUCAUUAUUAAAUUAUAACAUAUUUUACAUUCAGUAUAUUUUUAACAAAAAACAAAGAGAAAUUUUUCUUCUUUUAUUCUUCAUAAUACUCAUGUUUUUUUUGUAUUUAGUUGUUGUUAAUAAAUUACUUAUACGGUU